AUGACUAUACUUUCAACCCUGACCGCUGUGAAGAAGCCGAUGAAACGUUUAUUCAAGAGGCGCAAACCGAAAGGAAUACCCGGUGAACUUGUCUCCGUACGGCAGAAUACCGAAGAAAUGCGCUCCGGCACCAGUGCUGGAAGGACUACAACAAAUUCGGUUAUGGUCACCGCCGUAGCUGCGCCGGUCAUAGAGAUUUGCAGAGACAUCCUCGCAGACACCACUGUGCAGGCUACUGUGACGAAGGACGUGGAGAACCUCGCGAACGACAUUCCUAUUCUUCUACAGGCACUGGACGAAGUCGCCAAACUCCAUCCCUUCAUUGCAGUGGCUGUUAUUGCAUUUAAAGUGGCCUAUAAUCUCGAAAUGACCCGCCGCCAGAACAAUGCGAAGAUUGAAGCAUUGUUUGUCGAGAUGACGGAUAUGAUGAAGGUAUUAAGGGAUCUGAAGUCUAUCAACGAUGUGGAGUCGCCCGGUCCAGAUGGCAUCAGUGUGAAGGACAGGUUGCUGGACCUUAUAGAGAAGACAGCAGAUGACAUUAAGGGAUGCGCAAACGCGUGCGACACAUACGCCAAAAUGCACAUCAUCGUCAAAGUGGUCAAAUCAUCCCUAUGGCAAAACACCCUUACUGGUUUCAUACAGCUGUUUGCACAGCGUCGCGCUGAAUUUAUCUUUGCGCUAUCCAUACACACAAGUGUGGGUGUCCAUCAGGCCAAUCAGAAGCUGGAGGAUGUGGACGACAUUGCUCACCGAAUUGAUGAAAGAACUCGGCUUCUGCUGGAUUACUUCCAAGUCUGGAAUUCCCCUCGGGAAGAGAAGAUAAACAAAGCCUUUAUGCAGAUGGGAUCACCGGAGCUGAUCUUGGACAGUACACACUACAUCGAAGAAUUGCUCGUGUUGGCUCAUGACUCCGAUGAAGAUAUCACCUUUCGUCCUUCCGGAUCAGAACGCGGUAUGCAGAAAUCGAUGGAACAAAUUAAACAAGAGCUUCGUGAUGCGCCUGAUGUUGCCAUCAAGAACAACCUUUCAAGUUUUGAAGGAAAGUUCGAUUUACAGCGGAGGCAGAUCGUCGACCAACUAUCGCAAGUCAUGCACAGAGAGGGCGACAGGAUCAUCAGCGAAGUCACGGCGGGACCACAAGAAAAGAUUAAAGAUCCAGAUCUGUACGCUAUCUGGCUUGAGAUGCGGUGGCGAGGGAGUGUCGAAGCUCGACAGUUGGUGCACGCCAUCAAAGAACAUUACCGCGACGCGACAGAGAAAAAUGAGAAUUCAAAAGAUCGGUGGGCUCUGGAAUGGAUCAACCGUAUUGGCCUUCAGCCCAUCGUCGAAGCCUUCGACGACGACGCUUCCGGUUACGUGACAGUUUCGGAAGCGAAUGACCUCAUGGCGUCUCGACCAGCGGGAUGGAGUCUGCUUCACUGGCUGGCGUAUUGGGCUGUUGGAUGGCGCCUCGCGGCAUCGGCAUAUAAGACCCAAAUCGACGAGUUAUUCUCGAAAAUGUUCUCACUACGGCCGCACAUUCACCCCGCCAACCGGUUCGCAGUAGAGUCAUAUCUCAACUCCGUAUGGGCGAACGUCGCCAAAUUAACGUCGUCGUUGCAGUCAUGCACGGCGGCCGAGUCUCUGCAAGCACGGUUCCGGAAUUAUUGGGAAGCGGAGGAUCAGCGGAUUCGGCGGAACCUGGAGGACGUGCGGUAUCGUCUCGAGGAUAUGAGCACUGUUACUCUAGUGGCGGGCAAGGGCAGGAUCGAGAAGUAUGUGUUUCCAAUGUACUUCCUUCUGCUGAAACGCCACUAUGAGAUACUGCGUCUUGCUCGGACGCACAUACUGCACAACAAUGAGUUGUGGGUCGCUACUGACAGUCUCCUGUGGCUCAAUGAUGCCGUCGAAAGUCGUUAUAAGCGUGUACGAGAUGUUUUCGUGGAGCGGGAGCUAGACGUGGAAGGGAAAUUUGCUAUGUUUGCCUGUGGAUUGUUCCGCAUGCGCUACAAAGAAGAGCAAGAGCCCAAUAAGGAUUUGUGGGCGAAAUCUAGAUUUCCCGAGUACACAUAUGAUGACAGUGUCGAAGCUCAGAACGUCGUGCCAGAGGAAGUCCUGUAUUAUCCAGUCGAAGGCGACCAAAAUUUCGUCGGCAGCGCUUACGAUGACCCGACUGAGCCCGAAACCGCAGAAGACCAAAAUGCCGAGGAGCCCGUGAAGAGCAUAAUUGGAGCGUGGAACGUGUUCACGGGUUUUGGCGAUCACAUCUACCCGCAUCGCCCCAUGGUCUCCGUGCAUAUCCACGCGUCAGACUAUGGGGCAUUAAAUUUCGAAGGGGCCGGCACGAACUACGAGCCCACACCAUUCACGCUGACAGGCGAAUGUCUCCCACCGUCCGAGAAGCAACAAGCGGUGGGCGAGGUGCCCGUGAAGUUCACAAUGAGGUACUCCGCACGGAUAGACACGCAGUACCUCGAGGGCGUCCUGCAAGCGGGAGGGACGAUGAUGACGGGGCGCUGGCGCUACAAAGGCGACAAGGACAUUGAGUGGGGUGGCGACUUUAUCUUCAGCAGGAUGCCAGCAGAUGUGCUGUGUUGUCGGCCGGCGCUGACCGAGUUCCGCGCAAACAGGCCGCGCGCUCUGUGGAAGUUCGCGGUGACUGCUGUGCUCGACCAGGUCCGCCGGCAGCUGUUCUCGUGGUCGCACAUCAAGGCGCGCCGCGACGUGCGCAAGCGCUUCAUCGAGCUGUACAUCCGCUACCUGAAGUUGUUUGGCCCACCGAUCAAGGACGACUUCCCGGAGCUCGUGAGGAUCACCCGACUGAUCACUACUAGGGAUGUGCGGCUGUAUCAGUCCAUCCGUGUAUACCAGCUGAGAACCACGCCUAUUCACUUCAACUCGCACUGUGCGAAGUGCAAGGGACAAAUUGGGGGCGCACGACUCAUAUGUUUAGACUGCGCCAACCCCGACAAGCCGCUGAACCUGUGCGGCGACACAGACUGUGCGCACGCGAAAGUUGCGCGAUCGGACCUGUCGUUCCCCCACCUCCCGGGGCACGCAAUGCUCAAGACUCGGCGAGUGAUCCAUACCCGCGACUUCAGCAGGGUUAUGUCUCAUGCGCGUAGAACGUUCAAGGACGCAGAGAGGAUCCUCCAGAAUUGUGACGGUCUGCACAAGAGUCAGACCGCUGGGAGCACCCCGACCGACUCCCCUCCGACGGUGGUGGUAUGGUGUCAAAUCUGCAAGAAGAACGUACCGGCGACGGUGCCAUUCUGGCUCUGCAUAACAUGCUCUGAGAGAGUUCCCGGAAGCUACAAGUUCGUAUGCAUGAAGUGUGAAAACACAAGGAAAAAUACAGUUGUCGAUGCGAAGACCUCAUCUCCGAAGGAUACUCACGCGGACGACGGCGCUAUCGACGAAACAACUGAGAUGGCGGACACCGAGGACAGCAACGCCAAUGCAAACUCCGACGUGGUAGGUAAAACUGGUAGUUCCGUUAACGCUGUACCACCACACGACGACACGCACAUACUCGCCAGGCUCAAGUACGAUCCAGUACCCAAGCCUUUGCCCGUCGAGAAGAGGCUGGAGCUGCUGGAGGACAGGAUGAUCGUGCUGGAGGACAAAAUCACAAAAACCAUGGACCUGAGCACCACUAUUAACAGCCACCUGUCGCAGAUGGCACGUAUGCAGCAACUAAGGGCCUUACAGUCCGCUAGCUCCAGGCGAGUGUAA